AUGCAAAAACUUUUCAAGGCACAAAAGAAUAUAUUUUAAGAGCAAAUCAAAGGCUAAUUUAACUAACUAUUUAACAAAAAUACUCCAAAAGCAUUUAAUUCAAUGCUUAUUAAAGGAGGAACUAUUGUAAAUGCAGAUCAUAAGUUUCAAGGAGAUGUUUUAAUAGAAAAUGGCAAGAUAUAAUAAGUAUUCCUCCCAGAGUAGAAAAUCCACACCUAAAGAAAUUUCAAUAAAAUAAUUGAUGCUUCUGGUAAACUUGUGAUGCCUGGAGGAAUAGACCCUCACUGCCACUUAGAAUUUUCAUUCAUGGAUACUACUACAGUUGAUGACUUCGAUAUUGGUACCAGAGCAGCUGUGGCCGGAGGUACUACCACCUUUAUAGACUUUAUAAUACCUGGCUCAAAUCCUUUAAAAUAUGCUUACAAUGAUUGGAGAACAAGAGCAGAUAAGAAGGUCCAUUGUGAUUAUUCUCUGCAUUGUGCUAUAAAUGAUUGGAACGAAGAUAUCUCAAAAGAAAUGGAAGAGAUAGUUAAAUUAGGAGUGACCAGCUUCAAACUAUACACAGCAUAUAAAGGUACUUACUUCUUCUAAAAUGAUGAAAGAAUGCUACAAAUUUUCCAAAGAUGCAAAGAACUUGGAGCUGUAAUUAUGGUGCAUGCUGAGAACGGUGAACUUAUUGAAUACAAUUAAGAGAGACUUAUAAAAUAAGGUGUUACUGGACCAGAGGGUCAUCCACUUUCUAGAAGUGAUGAAAUAGAAGCUGAAGCAACACAUAGAGUAAUAACAAUAGCAAACACAAUUAAUGUUCCUCUUUACGUUGUUCACGUAAUGAAAAGAGCAGCUGCUGAUGAAAUUGUUAGAGCUAAAAGAAAAGGAUUUGUUGUGUUCGCAGAGGCUCUUGCUGCUGGUCUUGGAGUUGAUGGCAGACAUUACUGGGAUGAAGAUUGGGAUACAGCUGCAAAAUUUGUAAUGUCUCCCGCCAUCGAUGAUGAUCCAAAAACGAAGGAAUAUGAGAUGAGGCUCUUAGCUACUCAUGAUCUUGAUACAACUGCUACAGAUAAUUGUGCAUUCAGUAAAGCGUAAAAGAGAUUAGGCCAUGAUUGCUUUGAUAAGAUUCCUAAUGGAUGCAAUGGAAUUGAGGAUAGAAUGUCAGUAAUCUGGACAAAUGGAGUUGGCAAAGGAGUAAUUACACCAUCAGAUUUUGUGAGAGUUACAUCUGCUAAUACUGCUAAGAUUUUCAAUAUGUAUCCCAGAAAAGGUAUUAUUUAAGCAGGCAGUGAUGCAGAUCUUAUUAUUUUUGACACUGAGGCAACCAAAACUAUCAGUGCUAAAACUCAUCACCAUGCAGGUGACCACACAAUAUUUGAAGGAGUUAAAGUUAAAGGUCUAACCUAAACCACUAUAUCAGGUGGGAGGAUUGUCUAUGAUGAAGGAGUAGUAAAAUCAACUCCUGGUUCAGGAAAAUAUAUAUCACGUUUACCUUAUGGCUAUGCAUACGAAAAGAUUCCAGCAUUAGAUGCUUAGAGAAGAAUUAAAGAAACCCCUGUUGAUAGAAGUGGCAUAAAGCCUUCAUCAAAAUCACUAGAAGAGAAACUUAGCUAGCUCAAUACUUAAAUUGAUAUCUAUUAAGAUAAAGUAGUUUAGUUGUAGAAUCAACUAAAGUAUGCUCAAUCAUCUUCUAAUCAAAAUCAAGAGAGUUCAGGGAGCUAAAAUGUCUGGUCAGCUAAAUAUACCAAUGAAUUGAACAGUCUUGAAGAAACUCUAAAGGCUUUCUUGCCAGAGUAGGAGUUGAAUGAGGUCAAGAGGAUUCUAUAUGGCAACAAAACUUCGGACUUGUUUAUUCCAGAUUCUGCGAAAUCAAUUGCAAUGAAAAAUGAUUUUGAAAUUGUUGGCUACAAGAUCCCAGCUACUUAGGAGCAACUUAGACCUCCAAGAAUUGUCAGAAUAGGGGCUGUACAAAAUUCUAUCAAAGCACCAACAACAGCUCCGGUGUCUUAAUAACUUUAAGCAAUUCAUGACUGGGCUAGAGAAGUUACCCACGCUGCUCACUUAGCAGGAGUUAAUGUCCUCUGCUUCUAAGAACUCUGGAAUGCUCCAUUCUUCCUCUGUACAAGAGAGAAAAUGCCUUGGCUUGAAUUCGCUGAGAACUGGGAAACUGGUCCCUCGGCCCAACUCUUCAAGGAACUCUCAUCUAAAUACAACAUGGUUAUCGUGAGUCCUAUUCUCGAAAGGAAUGAAGCAAAAGAAACUAUUUUCAACAGUGCUGUCGUUUUCUCUAACACUGGUAGAAUAAUGGGUAGACACCACAAGAAUCAUAUCCCUAGGGUGGGAGAUUUCAAUGAGUCGACCUACUACAUGGAGGGAGAACUAGGCCACCCAGUGUUCGAAACAAUUUAUGGCAAGAUUGGAAUCAAUAUCUGCUAUGGUAGACAUCAUCCGCUUAGCUGGCAUAUGUUAGGAGUUAAUGGAGCAGAGAUAGUAUUCAAUCCAUCUGCAACUGUUGGAGGCCUUUCAGAACCAAUGUGGCCUAUUGAGGCGAGAUGUGCUGCUAUCGCUAAUCAUUAUUUCGCUGUUGGAAUCAAUAGAGUGGGUACUGAGACCUAUCCUAAUCCUUUCACCAGCGGAGAUGGAAAGCCAGCAAGACACGAAUUCGGAAUGUUUUACGGCUCAUCAUACGUAGCUGCCCCAGAUGCUUCAAGAACACCAGGCUUAUCCAGAACUAGAGAUGGAUUGCUGGUGACUGAAGUGGACUUGAACAUGUGCAGACAGAUAAAGGACAAGUGGGGAUUCUCGAUGACUAGAAGAGAAGAGAUGUACGCGAGGCUACUUACAGAAGCAGCAAAGGAUGGAUUUAAACCUCAAAGAAUCCGAUGA